CUCUCUCGGAGGAUAACGAGCCAGCGGAUCUUCUCCGCUGUCAACCGACGGGCGACUAAGCUGGAAAACACGAGCAGCAAAUGUCGCAGAAGACUUGUGGUCUUCGCGGGCGAGACGAGCUUCUCUUCUGGGUAUCUUUCACUGGACUCGUUGGAGUUUGUCUUGAGAUCUCUCGUGGAUUUACACACGCCGAGGACUCGUCAGUUUAACGGCGGAAUUGUGGAUUACUUCCAUAUUUGUGUGGCUUUUUUUUACCGGCUCGCUUUGGGGGGUUUAAGACACACAAAAAGAGACCAACGGACACUUGUUUGAAAGGCGACCCGUUUAACCCCGACGGCUCGGGGGAGCUUCGCCAACUAUAACCUCCGUAGAAAACACUUCGGCUCUUCUUUUCUUUUUUUCGCGGCACACAAAAGUUGCUUCUAACAAUCUCUCGCGCGCCCUUUGGACGGGGUUGCCCGAUGUCGAGGGAGAGACGGAGCGGUUGACGAAGUGCGUCGGUCAACCAGAACCGGCCGUUGAGAUGUCGCGGACGGCGGCUUAGAGCUGCUGCCGUUACUCCCCGACGGCUCGAGCGCGAUGCUUUCAAACAAGUGGUUCGCUGGAGGAAAAAAUAAUACGUCAACGUGAAGUUGUGUCGCGCCGUUAACUCCCUUUCAACCGACACGUCGUUUGCUUCUGAAGUAAAUAAGAAACAACAAACACGUAAACAGACACGGUGUUUUUUUUACGUCGCUCUUCAGCUGUCAAAAAAAGAUAACUUUUUUUAAAUUGAGCUUUAACUGCGUUAGCUUAGCCGCGGGAGCUAGCGGCGCUAGCUCGGCUUACGGUCACACACAAAACUACUUCCGCCGACCGGGAAUGUGUGUUUUUUAAAACUCCCGAUGGAUUCACGGCAACGCUCACUCGGAGACUUUGAGCAAUAAGACUCCGCGGCACCUUCUACCACUUUUUUUAUAUUCAUAGUUUUACCCCCGCCACCCUCAACCCGAGUAGCUAAAGUUGUGACACUGCGGCCCGCACGAUGUCCGGAUCCCCGGGAACUGGUGGCUCGAACCCCCGGAAGUUCAGCGAGAAGAUCGCGCUGCACAAUCAGAAGCAAGCGGAGGAGACGCGGGCCUUUGACCAGCUGAUGACGGACCUCACCGUUUCACGGGUGCAGUUCCAGAAGGUCCAGCAGCUCCGCCUGACCCAGUCGCGGGCGCAGUACUACGGCUCGCUGCCCAACGUCAACCAGAUCGGCAACAGCGGCGCCGAGUUCCAGGGCGGCUUCCUGUCCGGUCUGGACUCGGCCAGAGGGACCCGGCACCACGGGCUGGUGGAGCGGGUCCACCGGGACCGCGGCCGCAUCAACCCGCCCCACCGCCGGCCCGUCGACAAGCACGGGCGCCAGAUCGAGAGCUCCCCGUACGGGGCGGUGUACCUGUCCCCACCUCUGGACAACAGCUGGAGGAGGGAACAGCAGCCAUGGACCGAGGAAACACGUCCUGGGUUGAGAUUAUUAUCACAACUCAACAGAACCAACUCUGACUCGGCUCUGCACACGAGCGCCAUGAACCAGAACCCCCAGGACCCCUUCGGCCUGAACCAGCAGAUGGGCCGAGGUCCCCCCCAGCGCAAUGGCUGGAACGCAGCCAGCGUGAACGAGGCCGAGGUGGACGGCUCCGGUAACGUCUUCUCCUUCCCCGCCAUGACCACGGAGGAGAACCUCAUAGGAGUCAGCAAGCCGCUCCCCAAGCAGCUGUGGGAGGCCAAGAAGGUCCAGUCUCUGGCAUCGAGGCCCAAAUCCUGUGAAGUGCCUGGAAUCAACAUAUUCCCGUCUCCGGAGCAGAACCCGGGCCCGUCCCACUACCAGGGCCUGUUGAACACCAGCGGCUCGCUGCCCGACCUCAGCAACCUGCACUUCGCCUCGCCGCUGUCCACGCCGCUGGACCCGGAGGACAACGGCGGCUACUCCAACCUGAGCGGCGGCAGCAGCACCGGGAACCUGCCGGCCGCCAUGAUGCACCUGGGCAUCGGCAACUCGCAGGGUGGGUGGAGCACAGGUCUGUCCUCGUCCCUGAGCAACCCCUCCAUCCAGGCGUCGCUCAGCCACUGCCAGCUGCAGUCGUCGCUCAGCAACCCGUCCAUCAACUCGUCCCUGCGUCUGUGCAGCAGCUCCCCGCGGCGGCGGGCGGCGCCCAUCAGCCCCCUCACGCUGUCGCCCGGCAGCGAGCAGCGCCGCGGGCUGGCCAAGCAGCUGUCGCCCACCAUGUCGCCCUCGCUGUCGCCCAUCACGCAGGGCGUCGCUCUGGAUACCAGCAACAUGCCCAGAGAGCCGCCCCCCCCCUACCCGCUCUACCAGCAAUCCCAGCAUGCAGUGGACCAGGGCCGGCAACAUCAACAACAACAUCAACAGCAGCAGCACCAGCAGCAACAACAACAACAACAGCAACAACAGCCUCUAUCGCCGCUUCAGAGCAUCUCACUGGACUUCAACAUGAGCCAAGUAAACCAAAACAACAUGGCGGCGCUCUUCAACGACCCCUUCAUGGAGCAGCAGUUCUCCAACCGCCAGAGCAAGACCCACCCCUACCAGCUGGACCAGUUCGCUCUGCUGGAGAACGCCAUGAGCUCGGUGGCGGCGGGCGGCGGCUCGUACUUCGACCCGUCCUCCUCGCUGCUCUACUACUCGCAGGCCGCCCUGGCGGGGCUGGGCGGCGGCCUGCAGGACUCCAACAUGAGGUCCAACAUGCUGUACUCCAACUGCAGCGGGGGGCUGCCCAACAUCAUCCUCACCGACGACUCCAGCCUGUCGAAGGACCUCGGCGGCGGCCUCUGCUCGCUGCCCGAGUGCUUCGACUCGGAGGGCUGCUUCCCGCUGGAGGACGAGCUGCGCAUCGAGCCGCUCAGCCUGGACGGACUGAGCAUGCUCAGUGACCCCGACAUGGUGCUGCCCGACCCGUCCGUGGAGGACAGCUUCCGCAGCGACCGGCUCUGAGGACGCCGCCGCCGGGCCGCCGCCAAGCGUCGUUUAAUGUGAACACUCUGAUGCUCCACCAGCUCCUUGUUUUACAUCAGCUCUGAGAGUCUGGACCCCCCAGACCCCCAUCCUCCUGGACCCCCAGACCCCCCAGACCCCCAUCCUCCUGGACCCCCAACCCCCCCAGACCCCCAUCCUCCUGGACCCCCAGACCCCCA